AUUUGGCAUGCGUUCCACAUCUCCCAGAUACGUAGACUACAAUUGCUUGCCUUAAUACACUCACAAUUCAUAAAUCACAAGAACAAGAGAAGAUGGUGACAACCUGUGAACAGAACUAAAGUUGGUGACGCAAAAAUGUCAAUAAAUGUGGACAGAACAAAAAGAAGCCUUUUGCCUUUUCACACUAACAGAAAUCACUUUCUUCUUCAUCUUCUCUCCCUCUCUCCUUACAAUUAUUCAACUUCUUCAUCUGUUGAAUGCCUGCAUCAGAUACAAACAAACAUCAAGAUAUACAAUUGAGGGAAUCAUCUGUAAACUUCUGAGUCCUCUGCAGAAUCAAAUGGGGGAUUCAAGGGUGAUAGCACUCUACAUCACAUUAGGCUGUAUGGCUUUCAUUAUAUCAAAGAUAAUUAUUUCAAUCCUUCUCUAUCGUCGAUGGAGAAGGAAGAACAUGGUGUAUGAAGACGGCUUCUCAGGUGGCAAGAUGGUGAUGUUCAGGUCAGCAACGUUACAAUCCCUAACAUCGGAGGAGUUCUUGAAGAAGACACUGAAAUUGAGCAACAAAGACAUCAUUGGCUCUGGAGGUUACGGAACUGUAUAUCGACUGUCCAUCACUGACUCCAUAGCCAUUGCUGUGAAAAGAUUAAACAAGGGAAGUGCAGACAGAGAUCGAGGAUUCGAGAGAGAGCUUGAAGCGAUGGGGGAUAUCAAGCACCGUAACAUUGUGACUCUUCAUGGAUACUACACUGCACCUCAUUAUAAUCUUCUAAUGUAUCAGCUCAUGCCCAAUGGAAGUCUGGAUGCAUUCCUACAUGGGAAAUCAAUGGACAGGAAGCUAUUGGAUUGGCAUUCCAGAUACAAAAUAGCAUUAGGAGCUGCAAGAGGUAUAGCGUACCUGCAUCAUGACUGCAUACCUCACAUAAUCCACAGAGAUAUUAAGUCAAGCAAUAUAUUGCUGGAUGAGAGCAUGGAGGCUCGGGUUUCAGAUUUCGGACUUGCAACGUUGAUGGAACCUGAUCAAACUCACGUUUCGACAUUUGUAGCCGGAACUUUUGGAUACUUGGCUCCUGAAUAUUUUGAUACUGGCAGGGCAACCACAAAAGGAGAUGUAUACAGCUUUGGAGUUGUCAUGCUAGAGCUUCUAACUGGGAAGAAACCAACUGAUGAAGCAUUUUUCGAGGAAGGAACCAAGCUUGUGACAUGGGUAAAGGCAGUUGUUGAAGAUAAAAGGGCGGAGCACGUAGUUGACAGUAGCUUGGAGUGCUACCCAGCCAAAGCGAUUGACUAUUUUUUCAAAAUUGCAUUUAUGUGCCUUGAGCCAGAGCCCUCCCAGAGACCGACUAUGACAGAGGUUGUCAAGAUGCUUGAGCAAAUAAAAUCAGAAUCAGCUGCAAAAUAUUCAUAAUUCUUUGUUUAAUGACUAUCCUUUCUAGCAAUCCCUUGAUAGAAUCCAAUACUAUGUUCAGUUUUCUUCAGGUUCUCAACAAGUAGAACUGCCACAGUA